UCAGACAACACCAACAACUUUCAGCCAUGAAGUUCACUCCAUUCACAGCUAUGAUCGUAUCUGCCACAGUGAUGGCUGGCGUAGCUAUCGCAUCCGACGACCUGGUGAUAACGCCCCAGAACCUGCCCUGCAAAACAGCCAGUUCGGUGGGGUGCGCAACAGGCCUCAAAGGUUACAACGGCGGCAAUGAUUACGGGUAUUUCUGUGGACCUAAGCACAAAAUCAUAUCCUGGACGCCAUGCUCGUGCAAAAAGUGUUGUCGUGUAACUUCCGAGGGGAAUGACUUCACUUGUUCAUGAUCCUUGAUGCUUGCUCAACUACACAGUGCUGAUGCAUAGAACGUUUAGCAUGAUACGUGCAAGACUCAGGGCGUGAAGGAGUGCUGUAGCGUAGCGUUAAUAUGCCAAGCAGUUCUGGAGCCAAUUGAAUCAUGAUCAC